AUGGUUCGGGCCCCGCCCACAGCCUCCGGCCCGAGGCCCCCGCCCCCCUCACGAGGCCCCGCCCCCUCCCCCCGCCCACAGCGACACGAUGCCCCGCCCCCGUCCCGAGGCCCCGCCCACUCCGAGCCCCGACACGAGGCCCCUCCCUCGGCCCGAGGCCCCCUCCCGCUCAGGGUUCAGGCCCCGCCCACCGCCUCUGGCACGAGGUCUCAGCCCCGCCCCCGGCCUGAGACCCCGCCCACACUCCUCAGGCCCCGCCCGGACCCAGCGCGCACGGUCCCUCCCCCUCACGAGGCCCCGCCCAUUACUCCAGGCCCCGCCCACAGCCCCCGGCCCCCACUCAGAGCCCCGCCCCCUUGCGGACGGCGCCGGCCCGGACCCAGCACGCGCGCGGCCCCGCCCCCUCACGAGGCCCCGCCCACAGCCCCGGCCCCCACUCAGGCCGGACACGGGACGUCGGGCACCGGGACACCGGGCAUCGGCCACCCGGCACCGGACCACCGGGCACCGGGCAGGGGAGGAGGAGGAGGAGGAGGGGGAAGGGGAGCCCGCCCGUCCUCUCGCCCGUCCGCCCGCCCGCCCCGGGGCGCGGGGAUGGGUCCGGGUCGGGCGCCGGUCCGGGCCCCGCCGCUGCCGCUGUUUCUGCCGCUUCUGCUGGUGCUGCUGCUGCUGCUGCUGCCCGCCCGCCCCAACGCCGAGGGCAGGAAGAGCUGGCGACGCCGGGGCCCCGCGACCCCGACCCCGCCGGAGCCCCCCGGCCCGGAGCCCCUCGGCCCGGCCCGGCCCCCGGAGCCCCCCGGCCCGGAGCGGCCCCCGGAGCGGCCCCCGGAGCGGCCGCCGGCCCGGCCGCUGGAGAGCUUCCCGCUGGACUUCACGGCGGUGGAGGGCAACAUGGACAGCUUCAUGGCGCAGAUCAAGAGCCUGGCCCGCUCCCUGUACCCCUGCUCCGCCCACCGGCUGGACGCCGACCUCACCCUCCAUCUUCUGCUCAACGCCUCCGUCACCUGCAACGACGGCAGCCCCGCCGGCUACUACCUCAAGGAGUCCAAGGGCAGCCGACGCUGGCUCCUCUUCUUGGAAGGAGGCUGGUACUGUUUCAACCGGGAAAACUGCGAUUCCCGCUACGAAACCAUGCGACACCUCAUGAGCUCCAAGGACUGGCCCCGCUCCCGCACGGGGACCGGGAUCCUGUCGUCGCAACCGGAAGAGAAUCCCCACUGGUGGAACGCCAACAUGGUCUUCAUCCCGUACUGUUCCAGCGACGUCUGGAGCGGCACCUCCUCCAAGUCAGAGACCAACGAGUACGCCUUCAUGGGCGCCCUGAUCAUCCGGGAGGUGGUGCAGGAACUGCUCGGCAAAGGGCUCGGCAGUGCCAAGGUGCUGCUAUUGGCCGGGAGCAGCGCCGGCGGCACGGGCGUCCUCCUCAACGUGGACCAGGUGGCCGACCAGCUGGAGGGGCUGGGCUACGCGGGGAUCCAGGUGCGAGGCCUGGCCGACUCGGGCUGGUUCCUGGACAACAAGCAGUACCGCCGCACCGACUGCGUGGACACCAUCACCUGCGCCCCCACCGAGGCCAUCCGCCGCGGCAUCAGGUACUGGAGCGGAAUCGUCCCCGAGCGCUGCCGUCUGCGCUUCAAGGAGGGCGAAGAGUGGAACUGCUUCUUCGGAUACAAAAUCUACCCGACCCUGCGCUGCCCGGUAUUCGUGGUCCAGUGGCUGUUCGACGAGGCCCAGCUGACGGUGGACAACGUCCACCUGACGGGCCAGCCGGUGCUGGAGGGCCAGUGGCAUUACAUCCAGAACCUGGGCCGGGAAUUGCAGCACACGCUCAAGGACGUGGCGGCCAGCUUCGCCCCAGCCUGCCUCUCCCACGAGAUCAUCAUCCACAACCACUGGACGGACAUCCAGGUGAAGGGCACCUCGCUGCCCCGCGCCCUGCACUGCUGGGACCGCAGCCUCCACGAGGGCCAGAAGACCGGCAAGGGCCCGGUGAAGGGCUGCCCCAUCCACCUGAUCGACAGCUGCCCCUGGCCCCACUGCAACCCCUCGUGCCCCACCCUGCGAGACCAGUUCACGGGCCAGGAGAUGAACGUGAUCCAGUUCCUGCUGCACAUGGGCUUCGACGUGCAGAAGAUGGCACAGCAGCAAGGCCUGGAGCCCGCCAAGCUGCUGGGGAUGCUCAGCAGCGGGAGCUGAGCCUCGGAGACGGCCCCCCCCACCGUCCCCGCCCGGGCCGCCUCCCCGUUCGUCCGUUCGCCCGGUCCUAUUUAUUGAGCGCUUCCCGUGUG